GGGAGCAGCGUGUUGGUGCUGGAGGAGGGGGCUCAUCGGAGGGAGACGGUGCUUGAAAUCAUCCAGGGGAAGCGGGUGCCCAUCUCCCUCUGGAUCCUGGUGGGGAGCAUCCUGGGGGGGCUGCUCCUCCUGGCCCUCAUCAUCUUCUGCCUGUGGAAGCUGGGCUUCUUCACCCGCAAGAAGCCCCCCGAGGAAGAGGAGGAGGAGGAGAAGAAGGACGAGCAGUGAAGGCAGGAGGUGGCCCCUCGAACCGGCGCCGCGGGGGGGGG